UUUAGUGAUUCAGUGAGUGUGAUCAUGAGCUCCACCUACUGUAACAGACAAUAUAACAUGAUAGUUGGAUCCUAUAUCAAUGUUCCUAUGACAACGAGGCUAUCAGUUACGUCAAAACUGCAGUGGACUUUAGUUCCUACAGGUAAUCCAGAGGGAGUGACUCUUUCCCUGAACAGACGAAACAUGGCAAAAUUCUUAACACAAACUCAGAUUGAUGAGUUCAAAGAAUGUUUCUCGCUUUAUGACAAGAAGCGAAAGGGGAAAAUUGAAGCCAAAGACCUUAUUACUGUCAUGCGCUGUUUGGGUACAAGUCCCACAUUUAAUGAAGUGGAUAGACAUCUGCAAGUCCACAAAAUAGAUAAGACAGGUGAGCUGGACUUUUCUACAUUUCUAACCAUGAUGCACAGACAGAUGCAACAGGAGGAUCCUAAGACUGAAAUUCUGGAGGCUAUGCGCAUGACAGACAAACACAAGAAGGGCUACAUUCUGGCAUCUGAGUUAAGGGCUAAACUCACUGGCUUGGGAGAAAAGCUCACUGAAAAAGAAGUGGAUCAGCUUUUUAAAGAGGCUAAUGUUGGACGUGAUGGACAUGUUCAUUAUGAGGAGUUCACCAGAAUGGUCACACUUCCUUCAGUGGACUACUAAUGAAGAAGAGUGGGUUUGGCCCAUACCCUGAAUAAAGCAGUUAUUUACUAGCAGGAAUACAAUAUGUUUGAUCAGUGUAUACAUACAAAUAACAACAACAAUUGAUUAAAAGUUCAAAUGAAAAGUCAAA